UAUAUGACCAUCCCGGAAGUGGCCUCAUGUUGCGCAUCGCGGCCAUUUUUACAAAAACCUCCUCGAAAUGACAAAACACAACACAGGGACACAUUAAUUAUUGUAAAUAUUAACUGGAAAUACGGCUGCUGUAAGACCCGAACAUGUCUCACUUUAUUGAAAGCGAGGCUGAGGAGUCAGAGGAAGAGUUUGAGGAGAAAGAUUUGAAGCCGAAGAAAAGUCAAAGAUUUGCCGAAGAUGACGAUGAGGAGGAGGAGGAAGAGAAUACCGAGGACCAGGAUGAACAGGGAAACCUUCGAGGACUCAUCGAUGAUGGAGAUGAAGAGGAGGAGGAAGAAGUGGAGCGGAGCGCGAGUGGAGGAGGCAGUGACUCCGAGGAUGAGGUCAUGCAUCGGCGGAAAAAACGUGCUUAUGAUGACUACCUGGAUGAUGAUGACCUUGACCUCAUUGAAGAAAACUUGGGAGUUAAAGUCAAAAGAAGGAAGAAGAAAUAUGACCGCGUGAAAAUGAUGGAUGAUGAUGAGGAUGAUGAUAAGGACAUAAUUGCUGAUGAGAUCUUUCAUGGUGAUGGAGAUGGAGAUGCUGAGCUUGAGGAGGGAGACGCUGUUGAGGAACCACUGCCACAGGCCGAGGAUGAGGAGGGUGCAGAAGAUGAAGAGUCAGAUAUUGAUGACUUCAUUGUGGAUGAUGAUGGCCAACCUAUCACAAAGAAGAGGGGAAAGAAGUUCUCUGGAUACACAGAUGCGGCUCUGCAGGAGGCCCAAGAGAUUUUCGGUGGAGAUUUUGAUUUUGCUGAUUUUGACGUUGAUGCCUAUGAUCAGGGUGAGGAAGAGGAGGAAGACCAGGAUGAAGAGGGCUGGGACCGUCCAAAGAAACAGACCAAGAGAAGAUUAGGACGAAAGAGCAUCUUUGAAAUCUAUGAGCCAAGUGAACUGGAGAGCAGCCACAUGACUGACCAGGACAAUGAGAUUCGGACCACAGACAUGCCCGAGCGCUUCCAGUUAAGGGCAAUUCCUGUUAAACCUGCUGAAGAUGAAGAGUUAGAAGAGGAAGCAGAGUGGAUUUUCAGACACGGCUUUUCAACCCUCACCAUCUCUAUGCAGGAAAGCACAGAUUAUCUUGACAGAGGGACCACCACAAACUUCAGCAGAAAAGGCCCUAGCACAAUAGCUAAAAUUAAAGAGGCGCUCAACUUUAUGAGGAAUCAACAAUUUGAGGUUCCAUUCAUAGCAUUUUACAGAAAAGAGUAUGUGGAGCCUGAGUUGAACAUCAAUGACCUCUGGAAAGUGUGGCAAUGGGAUGAAAAGUGGACUCAGCUGAAGACCCGGAAGCAGAAUUUGACUCGUCUGUUUCAGAAGAUGCAAUCAUUUCAGUUUGAGCAGAUCUCCGCUGACCCCGACAAACCUUUGGCUGACGGCAUCCGACCACUGGACACAGCUGACAUGGAGAGGUUAAAAGAUGUUCAAACUCUGGAAGAGCUGGGUGAUGUGUACAACCACUUUCUUCUUUAUUACGGCCGUGAUAUCCCUAAAAUGCAGAACGCAGCAAAAGCCAACAAGAAGAAGCUCAAAAAGAUUAAAGAAGUAAACGAGGAUGGUGAGGAGGAGGAACUGGAGGUCGAAGAAGAAGAGGAGCAGAAAGGCCCAGAUCUGAAACAGGCCUCUCGCCGAGACAUGUACAGCAUCUGUCAGAGCGUAGGACUGGAUGGGUUGGCAAAGAAGUUUGGUCUUACUCCUGAGCAGUUUGGUGAAAAUCUCCGUGACAGUUACCAGCGUCACGAGACGGAGCAGUUUCCUGCGGAGCCGGUGGAGUUGGCCAAAGACUACGUGUGCAGCCAGUUCUCAAACCCUGAGGCUGUGCUGGAGGGGACCCGCUAUAUGGUGGCGAUGCAGAUCGCUCGGGAGCCUCUGGUGAGACACGUGCUCCGACAAACCUUCCAGGAGAGAGCCAAGAUCAACAUUAAACCCACCAAGAAAGGCAAAAAGGAAGUAGAUGAAGCACAUUUUGCCUACUCUUUCAAAUAUCUGAAAAACAAACCAGUGAAGGAGCUGAAUGGGGAUCAGUUUCUCAAAAUGUGCCUGGCAGAGGACGAGGGGCUGCUCACCAUUGAUAUUUGCAUUGACCUCAUUGGAGUUAAAGGGUUUGCUGGAGACCAGACAUACUUUGACGAGAUCAAACAGUUUUACUACAGGGACGAGUUUAGUCACCAGGUGCAGGAGUGGAACAGGCAGCGGACCAUGGCCAUAGAGAGGGCGCUCAACCAGUUCCUCUAUCCACAGAUGUCCAAAGAGCUUAAGGCCAAACUCAUCGCUGAGGCCAAAGAAAGCAUCGUCAGGUCUUGUUGUCGACGGUUGUACAAUUGGCUGAAGGUCGCCCCCUACAGGCCCGAUCAACAAAUUGAAGAAGACGACGACCUCAUGGAUGAGAGCCAGGGCAAAGGCAUUAGGGUGAUGGGAGUAGCAUAUGCACCCAGUCGAGACACACCAGUAUUUUGUGCACUUAUUAAUGGUGAGGGAGAGGUGGUAGACUUCCUGCGGCUGCCUUACUUCAUGAAGAGGAGAAAUGCCUUUCGGGAUGAUGAACGAGAAAAGAAGGCUCACGACAUGGAAAAUCUGAAAAGGUUUUUAUCGAGCAAAAAGCCUCAUGUGGUAGCUGUAGCAGGGGAAAAUAGAGAUGCUCAAAUGAUCAUGGAGGACAUCAAAAGAGCCAUCAGUGAGCUGGAACAGGAGUCGUCGCUGCCCACUGUUGGAGUGGAACUGGUGGACAAUGAGCUUGCCACACUUUAUAUGAACAGCAAGAAAUCAGAGACGGACUUCAGAGAUUACCCCCCAUUACUGCGUCAGGCUGUGUCCAUUGCCAGAAAGAUCCAGGAUCCUCUGGUGGAGUACGCUCAAGUCUGCAGCACUGAUGAAGACAUUCUCUGCCUCAAACUGCACCCCUAUCAGGAGCAUGUGGUGAAGGAGGACUUGCUCAACGCACUCUACUGUGAGUUUAUAAACCGAGCCAAUGAGGUGGGUGUGGACGUGAACAGGGCCAUUGCACACCCUCACACUCAGAGCCUGGUGCAGUACGUCUGUGGGCUGGGGCCAAGGAAGGGCUCCCAUCUACUUAAGAUUUUAAAGCAGAACAACACUCGCCUUGAAAACAGAACCCAGCUUGUUACAAUGUGUCACAUGGGACCCAAAGUAUUUAUCAAUUGUGCUGGUUUUAUAAAAAUUGACACUGCUUCAUUGGGAGACAGCACUGACUCCUACAUAGAGGUGCUGGAUGGGUCCCGUGUGCACCCGGAGACUUAUGAAUGGGCGCGUAAAAUGGCGGUCGAUGCCCUUGAGUAUGAUGAGUCUGCUGAAGACGCCAACCCUGCAGGAGCUUUGGAGGAAAUUCUGGAAAACCCGGAGCGCCUCAAGGAUCUGGACCUGGAUGCUUUUGCUGAGGAGUUGGAGAGACAGGGUUAUGGAAACAAGGGAAUUACACUUUAUGACAUCCGUGCUGAGCUGAGCUGUCGGUAUAAAGACCUGCGAGUCCCAUACAGGGUCCCAAACACGGAGGAGGUUUUCAACAUGCUCACCAAAGAGACUCCAGAGACCUUCUACAUAGGUAAACUGAUCACGAGUAUAGUGACCGGUAUAGCUCAUAGAAGACCUCAGGGGGAGAGCUAUGACCAGGCCAUCCGUAACGACGCAACCAGUCUGUGGCAGUGUCCUUUCUGUCAGCAGGACAAUUUCCCAGAGCUCAGUGAGGUUUGGAACCACUUUGACAGUGGCUCAUGUCCUGGCCAGGCUAUAGGAGUUCGAUCCAGGCUUGAUAAUGGCGUCCAGGGAUUUAUACCCACUAAGUUUCUCAGUGAUAAAGUAGUGAAGCAUCCAGAGGAGAGAGUCAAGGUUGGCAUGACGGUCCACUGCCGGAUAAUGAAAAUUGACAUAGAAAAGUUCAGUGUUGACCUCACGUGCCGCACCUCAGACUUAACGGAUCGGGGUAACGAGUGGAAACUUCCAAAAGACACCUACUAUGACUUUGACACAGAAACCGAGGACCAGAAACUAGAGGAGGAGCUUAAGAAGAAGCAGCAGAGGACACCCUAUAUAAAGCGUGUGAUUGCCCACCCCAACUUCCACAACAUCAGCUUCAGUCAGGCGGAGAAGAUGAUGGAGACUUUGGACCAGGGAGAUCUGAUCAUCAGACCAAGCAGUAAAGGUGAAAACCACCUCACAGUCACCUGGAAGGUGGCCGACAACAUCUACCAGCAUGUGGAUGUGAGAGAAGAGGGCAAAGAAAAUGCAUUCAGUUUAGGGCAUACACUCUGGAUUAACAAUGAAGAGUUUGAAGACCUGGAUGAAAUCACAGCUCGUUACAUUCAGCCAAUGGCAUCCUUUGCUCGGGACCUGUUGGGGCAUAAAUAUUUUCAAGACUGCAAUGGUGGCAGUAAAGAGAAAAUGGAGGAAAUUUUGGUCAAGUCAAAGAGGGAGAAACCUACGUUCAUUCCUUACUUUGUUUCGGCCUGUAAAGAUUUACCUGGGAAGUUUUUAUUGGGGUAUCAGCCACGAGGAAAACCAAGAAUUGAGUAUGUAACCAUUACACCAGAUGGUUUCCGCUACCGUUCACAAAUAUUCCCCUCUGUGAAUGGGCUUUUCCGAUGGUUUAAGGACCACUAUCAGGAGCCUGUGCCAGGCAUAACGCCAAGCAACAGCAGUCGAACAAGGACGCCUGCCUCUCUGACCACGACGCCAGCUAAUAUCAACAUUGCAGACUUGACAAGAGCAGUCAAUGCCCUGCCACGCAACAUGACAUCCCAGAUGUUCAAUGCCAUUGCUGCGGUAACGGGUCAGACACAGAACCCAAACUCGACUCCAGCUCAGUGGGGGUCCAGUCAGUAUGGCUAUGGAGGCAGCACUGGCGGAGGGGGAAGCUCGUCCGCAUACCAUGUAUUUGCCACGCCGCAGCAGCCGAUGGCGACGCCUAUGAUGACACCCAGUUACUCGUACACCACGCCCAGUCAGCAGCAGAUCAUGGGCACGCCCCAGUACCCCAGCUCCACCCCACAAUCCUCGCAUCAUCAUGGAGGUCACAUGACGCACCACAGUCACCAUGGACACCACAGCAGUCAUCAUGGACACUCUUCUGGCACGCCAUCCUCAUCCACCUCUUCCAGGGGGCGCACUCCACAGCAGCAGCCAAAGUCAAGCAGCAGUUCUGCAGCCGUGGACUGGGGUAAAGUGGCCGAGCAGUGGCUCAAAGAGAAAGAAGCUGAGGGUCGGAAGAAGGCGCAGAGGAUGACGCCGCGGCCCUCGCCCAGCCCCAUGAUCGAGAGCACCCCAAUGUCUUUGGCUGGAGAUGCCACUCCUCUGCUGGAUGAGAUGGACCGAUAGGACACAGAGGGGGGCACAAUGCACCCCCAUCCCAACCUCAUUUGUGAACAGCUGAUUUACUGGACUAAUGUGAUCUCAUUCACUUCAGAGAGGGCUCAGAGCCCUGCAUACCCUCGAGCUCUUCUAAAAUUAUUUUAUCAGUUCCUCAGUAUCAUGGUUAAUCUCAAGCUGUCCUUCCACUAACCUUCAGCCCAACCGGUCGGCAUAGUAUUUUUUGAGGAAAAAAAACGAUGUAUAUCAGUCAGUACAUGACACAAACAUUUGAACAAACAGCAGUUACUCUAAGGAAAUGGACCUACAGAUGCUGACAGCUGUUUAUUCUCUUUAUUUUGGUUUUAGUUGGUUUCAAGAAUGGGUUGUGACAAAGACACAUUAUGUCCCACCAUUUUAUUUUGGAGUUGGUGGGUUUGUGAGCAGAUGCCAACAUAGUGCUUUGCCAAACUGGUCAGGAGUUUUGUAUGGAUUGCGUCAGAAUGAAUAAAGACUGUAUAUUUCAGUUGAACUUGAGCCUGCACUCCUCACAUCUGUUAAACACACAGCACUACAUUCACAUACAUAAAGCAGAUGCAUGGGAUGAUUUCAAAACUUAAAAAGAUUCAGGCUGAACCUGUAAACCCAGCUCUGAACAUAAGCCAGUGGUAGUUGAAUUAACACCGCUGCAUUAGAGGAGGUUAACUCUGGCUUUUGUAGAUAGACUAAUGCAUCCUUUAUCUUUGGACACAACUGUGUUCCUCACUAGAGCUAAUGAUGUUUUAAAUAAAUGUGCAUUUUACAAGCAUUUGUGUUUUUAAGUAUUUUAUUUUAUAAAAUCUGAGACAAAUUACUUCAAAUAUCAUUGGCAUUUUAUCCACGUUAACUGGGUUUGAGUAACACUGACAGAGUCGAGUAUUUCAACAGUAAUAGGUUGCUCCUGCCUUUUAUCAAUAUGAAACACAAAUGUUGAUCUGUCUCAAAAACUACUGAAAAAGUUAAUAUUAAAAAGCGUAAAAAAAAAGGCCUUUCAGCUCUUUUAACACUGUCGCUGGAGUUUGUGGUAUCACAAAUGCGUCCUUUAUUUUCUGUAAUCCACAGAAGAGGUCUCUCAUUUAGCUGAGUUCAAUGCAUCUUGAUCCUUCUAAUAUGCAUAUUGUUUGACAUAAGGUGUUGGAGUAAACCUUUUUGAUUUCUGGCCAUAUAAAGAUGUUGCUUUUUUCCAUCCAGACUGUGACUGGUUUGUCAGCAGCACUGGUGACCUGGUGGUGACGCUGUUGGCAACCUUUUACUAUCUGUGACCCUUUAAUAAAGUGUUCCUAAGUGA